AUCGUUCGACAAGGAAGAGGCAAUGCCGUCACGCCUGGUUGCCCCCGCGCCCUGCCUGCCGCCGCGCGGCCUCGCCCUGCCUCGACUCGACGGAAAGGCGGAUGGAUGCGCAGCAGCCGUGCCUCCCUUCUUACCUCCGUACCACCACCUAGACCUCUGCCGCGAUGUCUUCCUCCAACGUACCAACCGAUAUGCCAUGCCAUCGCUGCUACACACACGACCUCGACUGCAUCCCCGGAGAAGAUGGGCAGUCAUGCACGGAGUGCGCAAAGAAGGGCGAGGGGCGAUGCAAUGCAGGAGGUCGAAUCCCCUGCUACACGAGGGACACAGACCUGCGUCGUCGUCUCUACAUCGCUGCCUUCCGCGCUUCCUUCCUCGACUCUGCCCGACCGGAUCCCAUCAAUCCAGACUCGAGGGAACUCGCUCGUAGUGCCGGGCACGAUCAAGUAAAGCGUCUUUACCAGUACAGGAGGGCAAAUUGGCUUGGUCCUAAGAGUAACACCAUUCAGCAAGAGCUCGAGUGGCUCGGCUGGAGGCUCAACUUUGCCAAAGGACCAAGCCACUGGAGAGCUAUGCCGGAGCUUUUCCUGGGCAAGAGGGCCCCUCGCCCAAAGAGGACGGUGCAGCCCGCCUCUUCAAGCAAUUACCCCUCCCUUCCCAUGCAAGGCUCGGCCCAUAGCGCUGUCCGCCGGCCCGCGCAGCCCUCACACGCCGCGAAGCCCUCGCAACUUGUCCUCGAAAUCUCUGACUCGUCCUCGUCCGGCGGCGAGCAAGCGCCGCGUCUUCAGCCUCAACGCAAGCGCGUCAAGCCUGCCCUGGCCAAUUCGAAUGGCGGGCUCACCCUUGGUGGCAUCGAUCCCUGGGCAAGUCGCGGCAGGGCUAUCUUUGGGACUUCGCCGCGCCGCUCUGCUCUCUACAGCGACGAGGAAGAAGAGGAUGAAGGCGAGGCAGAAGUGCAUGCUGAGAAUGCCGUGAUUGAGAAGGAGCGCGGACAUUGCGCCGUGGUACAACGCAAAUCGGAGGAACAGCAGGAGGGACGCCAGAGCGGCGUGGCUGGCAGCGACUACGACGACUGCAACGACUGGGACGAGCCCCUACCCGACGACGAUGUGGCUGAAGAAGUCAUGGGCCGUCUCCUCCCGCUCCGCCUGCCGCAUAACGAGGAGGAGGCACAUCAAAGGCUAGAUGACAUCUGCACGCUCAUCGCCUACCUUCCCCGUCUGGCUGAAGGAGCCGCCGUCUUGGAGCAGUACCUGGUUGCGGGCGGCGUUGACAUGGGCAGGCGUCGCCCUUGGCUGCGCUUUCUUCGUCGCAGAGGCUAAGGCGUGCCUCUUCUCGUUUUUCCUUCCCGCCCUUUCGUACCGUGGGCAUCAACACCUCUCACACAUCCAUCUCAUCUCAACUCUCAUCCUCGAGUAGCAUAGAAAGCAAGUCACCCGUAAUACCCGCCCUCGUCAUUCAUUUUCAAAUCCAACAUCAACGCCACGUCAUGUCAUCGACUGGCCCGUCGCGCCAAAGUCAUCAACAAUAGCCCUCGAGCCACAUUCCUCCGACAAAGCAGCCGGCAUCUCAUCCGCGAGUGCUGUACAAGACCUUCGCUAUUCAGUUUUGCUCCGCCACUUCUCAAUCUAGCGAGCUACAAGAGCUUUCCAUCAGUAUCACGCAGAGAAACCUCUUCCGGACAAGGGCCAAUCGCACCACCGAUCGCGCAUCAAGCUCCUAUCGCGCUCCUUGACUCAACAUGCAGCGUCCACCAGCACUGCUCGAGGCCGCCAUCGAGCCUUCUUUCUUGACGACGCACGCUCACGCUUCGAUG